AUGUCAUCAAAUCGAAAUUCUUUAAAUUCAUCUCCAGUACUAACAGCUGGAGAAAUUGAUGGUUUCGAAUCUUCAGCUCAAGUAAUAAUUCCACGUCCAAAUAGUGCUACUUCAUCCGGUUUUGGUUCCGCACGUUCAACUGUUAUCAAUGGUUCUGAUUUAACAUCGAUUUCACAUUAUCCGUCACGUGAGGAAUUAUUGAAGAACAUCAAUGAUUUACGUGUUGAAUUAGCGCGUAAAGAUGCAAAAAUUAACGAUUUACAGGAUUAUAUUGGAAAAUUACUUUCAAGAAUUAUGGAAAAAAAUCCGGAAAUGUUGGAAGUUAAACCACCACGUGGUUUUUUCACUAGACAUUAG